AUGACACCCCCCACACCAGCCGCCACCAAGGAGGACAGCUCAUACAAGACUAAAGACAUUCGACACAUCGAGCGUACUGGUUUGGAGAAAGAACACUAUGAACAUGUGAUGAGCCGUAAUCUCAAUGUCUCUGCAAAAAUCCAAAACCCCCUUCUUGGUGUCACUCGACCCGGACUUCAAGCGCUGGUUGACGACUUCUGCGCGGAAUACGGCUUUGAGGACAAGGAUCUCUGGAAUCGGGCUGCCAUUCUUGCACAAAAUCCCAACGACUAUGAUGGAAUUCCCGAGUUGUCUCAGGACGACAAAUACUGGGCUAAGAGAGAGGUCACUAACAAGUGGGAUCUCACUGGCCAGAUGUGGUUCCUCUGUUUCGUCGCUUCAUUGGGUUCCGCUAUCCAAGGUUGGGACAGUACUGGUGCAAACGGUGCCAAUCUGUCCUUCCCUCGGGAAUUCGGCAUCGAAAACAAUACUUGGCUAGUGGGCAUGGUAAACUCUGGUCCCACUCUCGUCACCGGUCUCUUCUCCGCGAUGCUCUGCGACCCGAUGAACCACUACUUCGGUCGAAGGGGUACCCUCUUCAUCUCCGGUUGGUUCUGUAUCUUCCCAGUCUUAUGCCAGGCCUUCACCCACAACUGGUACGAACUCUUCAUUUGCCGUUGUCUCUUGGGUGUGGGAAUCGGAACCAAGAUCUCCACUAUACCGAUUUACACUGCCGAGUCUGCUCCUGCUUCAAUCCGUGGAGCGGUAUCUCUUACCUUCCAGUUCUGGGUUGCCUUUGGCUCUGUCCUCGGUUUCUCCACCAAUCUGAUCUUCAUGCGAGUCGGUAGGCUUGCUUGGCGUUUCCAACUCGCGGCUGCUUUCAUCCCUGCGCUCGCCGUCGUGCUCUUAGUUUGGUUCAUUCCCGAAUCGCCCCGUUGGUUGAUGAAGCGCAACAACUAUCCCAAGGCUUUCCGAAGUUUCCUCAGGCUGCGCAAGUCACAAAUACAAGCCGCAAGGGAUAUGUUCUACGCCCACUGCCAAAUCCAGGAAGAGAACGAAGCUUUCCACGGGACCUCCUGGUUCACUCGUAUGCGUGAUAUAUUCACGGUUCCUCGACUCCGAACUGCCAACCUGGCCAGUUGGGUCGUCAUGAUCUCCCAGCAAUUGUGCGGUAUCAACGUCAUGGCCUACUACUCCUCGACCGUCUUCGUACAAGCUGGAUACACGAGCGAGCAAGCGUUGCUUGCCAGUUUGGGCUUCGGGUUGGUCAACAGUGUCUUCGCUAUCCCUGCGAUCUGGACCAUUGACAGCUUCGGUCGACGGAACCUCAUGUUGUUCACUUUCCCUCUCAUGAGUCUCUGUCUUUGGUGGGCCGGAUCAAUGUUCUUCAUGGAUUCAUCGAAUCCCGCCAGAGUACCAGUUAUCGCCGUCGCCGUCUACAUCUUCACCGCUCUUUACUCGCCCGGUGAGGGUCCUAUCCCCUUCUUGUACUCGGCCGAGUCAUAUCCUUUGACCCACCGAGAGGUCGGUAUGUCAUGGGCUGUUUCGCAAAACAACCUUUUCUCCGCCCUCCUUUCUCUCACCUUCCCGUCGAUGUUGUCGACUUUCAAGCCUUACGGUGCCUUCUACUUCUAUGCGGGUACCAAUAUCCUUGCUGUCAUCCUCAUCUUCUUCUUUGUACCUGAUACAUCUCGCAGGACGCUAGAAGAGCUCGACUUCAUCUUCGGUGUCCCCGUUCACGUCUUCGCCAAGUAUCAAUGGUCCACAUGGCUUCCGUGGUUCUUCAAGCGCUACGUUCUCUUCCAAAAAGACGCGUACCUGAAGCCUUUGUACCACCUCGAGGGCAUUGGCGGGACCUUGCCCGAUGUUGUCGGUGGACACUGA